AUGAGAGUUCGAGUUUCCAAUAACUUCAGUGAGUAUAAAAUCAGGAAGAAGACUUGUAUGUUGUGUCAGUUUGUGCUGUUUAUCUCCUCUACUUCGCCGCCCGCCCGCACCACUCUCUCUCUCUGCUCAACUAUUCUGAAACCCCUUCUCGCUCAGAAAGGUUUUCUGAAUGUGUAAUUAUUGGAGAAGCAAUCGUGCCGGAAGUCGAUAACAUGAUUGUUUUUUUUAACCUUACAUAGACUGCAGGAGUGAAAUUUCAGUAUACCUUUACACAUGGCUGUAGCAGAUAAUCACGCGGCCUUGUCAACCGUUCUGAGAUUGGUGAACAUUGAAGGGAAGGGAAGGGGUCUAGUAGCAUCUCAGCCGCUUAAAGGAGGACAGAUAAUUCUCCGAGACUCCCCCAUCCUAACUUAUUCUGCUUUUCCUCUGAAACGACUACAACAACAAGGGAUUUGCUCCUCUAACUCUAGAUACUGUGCUCAUUGUUAUAAGCUCUUGGUCACUGGAAGUGCGACAUCAGCGUGUCCUUCAUGUUCUCAUCCCGAUGAUGCUAUCUUUUGCAGCCCGAGAUGUCAAUCCGUGGCCCUUGGCUUCACACACACACCAUGGGUGUGCCAAUCUCUUAGUUAUUUAAGAAAUUGCUCUGUACUAGUUAACCAGCAGCCUGAGGAACGUCAGGUCCAAGCUCGUUAUCUGGUGGCUGCCUUCAAUCUUGCUAUGGUUUCUCCUUCCUCCUUUCAAACUCUGAUAUCACUUGAUGGAGGUGGGCCACAUGGCGGAGAGAGAGAUUCUGAUGCCGCCAUCUUUCUACACUCUAUCAUCUCAUCACUACCUUUUCCCGAGGGUUUAUCUGCCCCAUCUUUAGAAAUUACUGCUUCUCUUUUAUCCAAGGACAGGUGUAAUGCCUUUGGACUCAUGGAGCCUUUUUCAGAACACAGAGAAAGAUCUGUGAGAGCUUAUGCUAUUUAUCAAAAUGCUUCAUUAUUUAACCACGAUUGCCUGCCUAAUGCAUGUCGUUUUGACUAUGUUGAUGGUGGAAAUGAGGGAAACACUGAUAUGGUCAUUAGAAUGAUACAUGAUGUUCCUGAAGGCCGAGAAAUUUGUUUGAGUUAUUUCCCAGUCAAUCUAAGCUAUCCUCAACGGCAAAAGAGGUUGUUGGAUGAUUAUGGUUUUUCUUGUAUUUGUGAUCGAUGCAAGAUUGAGGCUAACUGGUCUCAUGAGGAUGGAGAUGGUGAGGAUGACACCAUGGAGGAGGAGGAUGAGGAAAUGUCUCCCUCAGAUGGGGAGAAUAAUGAGAUUGAGCAAGAAGCGGAGGAGGAGGAUGAUUUUCCUCAUGCUUAUUUUUUUAUGAGAUUUUUGUGCGAUAAAGAAAAUUGUGGAGGCACUUUGGCUCCGUUGUCACCGUCUAAUAACAACUCACCUAAUAUCAUGGAAUGUAAUGUUUGUGGCAGUACGAAGAAAGAAGAGUUGUAGCAUGAUGAUGGCAAAUGGUUCUGAAGAGGAAUGAACUGGUUUGGAGCAGAUUUUGUCUUUCAUAGCAGGACUCAGUAGAUGUGUUUCUAGCAGAUGUGUUUCUAGCUUGACUCUGCUGAAGAUUGGUGUUGUGUUCCCUAGGACAACAGACCCGAGAGUGAGAAAUACAGCUUUAAGCUCGAAUUUUCCAGGCUGAGGAUAUAAAAGCUCGAAACCACAAUAUUUGCUUCAAUUUUUUGGUAUUUAGAAUUCUUAACAAGUUAGAAGUUUUGAUAAAUGCAAAAUGUUACUAUUGUUUUGCAUUCUACUUGGAAUUAUACAGUUGAUAGUUCUUCAUUGCAAUGAUAUCUAUAUAUCUAUUAAUCAGUUUGAAAUUCGAAUGCAAUUUUGUGAACUUCGAAUAUUAGUGUGAUGAGGCUUAUGACGAUGUGAGUAAGGGGGAAUGUACGAGAAUUGGGAGCUCUAUUUUCUUGUUUUAAGUUCUACUCCUUCCGUUCUUCAAUGUUAGUCCUCUUUCUGUAUUGAAUUGUUUUUAUUUGUUAGUCCCUUUUGGAA